GGCAUGCACUUACCUGCUUGCCACUGCUGCUACCAUGCUACCAAGACAGUAAAUCAUUUUCCUCUGUCUCGGAAUUCUCACGUAACAUAAAGCUUUCAUGCAGAUUUAACACAGUCAAGAUUCACAGCUUCCUAGUUUUGAGGUGAUUGCUGGGAGUGCUGUAGGACUGUCCUGGAACAUGCUUGUUAGCUCUCUUGUAUCAGUGUCCAUUUUUAGCAGAAGACCUUAAACAGAACUUUCAAACUCAGGAGAAUCACUAUAAUCAUCCAAACUCAUCUCUUGAUACUACCCUUAUUUCAUGCUGAGAAACAUGCUGGUGUGUCUUGUGUGACAGCAUCUAUGGAUGACAUACAGUUUGAAGAGGCUGCCAGAGUUGGACAAGUUAUUACCAUCAAAGCGAAGGUGAACAGAGCAUUCAAAACCAGCAUGGAGGUUGGCAUCAACGUUACAGUGCAGGAUAUUUUGACUAAUGUUGAAAAAAUUGUGAGUGUGGCAUAUGCAACAUAUGUAGUCAAGCCAGUUGGUGCUGAAAAGAUUGAAUUAGAACCUGUAAAGCUUCUGUCUGCAGAAGACCAUCUGGAGCAUGCCCUGGCUACUGAAAGGAAAAGAAUCCGACUGGGCUACCAAGAGGUUUUUCAGAACCUAAUGCAGGAGAGUAAUAAAGAUGGUGACUACUAUGAUACUUUUGAAGAAGAAGAUGCGAUUUCAGCUGACCUUACUCAUGUACAGAGUAUUGAGCUUGUCCAACCUCCUCAUGCAAACCAUCAUGGAAACACUUUUGGUGGUCAGAUCAUGGCUUGGAUGGAGACAGUAGCAAAUAUUUCAGCAAGUCGCCUUUGUCAUUCUUAUCCCAUCUUGAAAUCUGUCAAUAUGUUUAAGUUCUGGGGUCCAUCUGUUGUGGGUGACCGCCUUGUCUUCAAUGCAGUUGUGAACAAUACAUUUCAAAAUAGUGUGGAGGUUGGUGUCCGUGUCGAGGCUUAUAAUUGUGAAGAAUGGAUCAAGAACCAAGCACGGCAUAUUAACAGUGCAUUUCUCAUUUUUAACUCUGUGAAUGACAAAGGCGAGCUGCUCACUUUCCCCAAAAUCAGACCUGUUACUAAGGACGGUGUGAGACGAUACCAUGGAGCUAUUGCCCGAAAGAGAAUUCGACUAGCCAGAAAAUACAUGCUGUCUGCUACAGAAGACAAACCUUAUGAUCUGUGGGAGAAAAGCAACCAGGCAUAUAUGAGUUACAGCAACAUAGCUACACUGACAUACCUGGCAGCAAAAACGGGAUGGAAAGUAACCAGUACACUGAAUAACAUAAAAAUAUGGACCCAUGAGGACGGUGAUGUCUUGUCACUCAAAGUAGAAAUGCAAGUGAAGACAGCAUCACAUGUAGCUUUCUCCCUUUUGUCUGACUUCACAUACCGCCAGCAAUGGGACAAACAUUUCUUAACUUGUGAAGUCAUACACGCUGUGAGUGAAGAUGACAAAAUAUAUUACAUUACCUCACCACCUCCACCCAUUACUGGCCAUCAGGCCAGGGACUUUGUGAUUCUUGUGUCUCGAAGGCAACCUCUUGAGCCCAGUGAACCAUACAUAGUAGCUGUAAAAUCAGUAACCCUGACAUCUGUGCCACCUUCUUCUGAACACUGCAGAAGUGAAAUCCUCUGUGCUGGAUUCCAGAUUUACAGUGACAGCAGCAGCUCCUGUAGGGUGUAUUACUUCAAUCAAAUGACAUCAACUCUUAUGCCUUACUUAGCUGCAAAUCUUACUGGCUCAUUAAACUCCAUUGAAGACACAGCUCUGAAGUGUAUUAAGUUCUUGGAGCUGAAGGGCAGUAGUGCUGAAGUUAACAGAGUUGUAAAAAGAGUAUGAGAGACCAUCAAGCAAUAUUAAUUUAAGGUUUUGCAUAUGUGUUAAUUGUUCUACAAGUUACUUUGAGUCAUGCAGCUGAUACUGGGCUAGAGCUGGAUUUUGUGUCAAAUUAGGGUUAGACUUUAUGCUCUAAAUUUAAGUUUUCUAUUAAAAAAAAAGAUUAAAGCACAAAUUCUGCUCUUAAAUGUGUGUUUCAUUGUUGGAUUGAGCCUGGUGACAUCCAGUAAAUACUAAUAAAAUUAGUAAAUACUAAUCAGUCUAAUAUGCAGAGGACUGGUACUACCAAGUAGCUUGUCCAGUUCUCUGCUCAGUUUGUCCAGCUCAUUGCAUGUGCAUUACAUGUUGAUCUAUUACACCCUACAGCAAAUUAGUGUUUGAUAAUGUUUGUUAUAUGUUAAUGCUUGUAGUUUGUCUGUGUUCUUCAAUAAAUUAUUGCUUUUCAGAUUACAUAUCCAUCAUAGUUUUUAUUACACUAUCUCUGGAUUUCAGUGCUGAUGAAGGGUGCUGGUCUCUUGGAGAAGUGCUGUGACCUCCAGCUGCCAAGUUCUGUGCAAGACUGUUCUUCUGGUCUUUAAUUAAUGUGGAACAGGAAGAAUCUUGAAACCAUUCCCAGAUGAAUAAAAGAAAAUGGUUUCAGAGAUU